CGACUCCGCGCGGGAUACGAGAUAGAGAGACUGUCUGUUCUUCGGGGCAUCAAGCAUCUCUACUGGCAUGGAGCUAGGAGUGCACUGACAGCGAUAAUUCACAAGAUCUUGGUUUCUAUGCAUUGCCUGCCAAAGAAGAACUGAGCCCAAUGUUUCCACACAAUUCUAGUUCACAUGAGAUUUCUACCGAAACAAAUGCCUUCGUACAAAAUUCCAAGGUAAGAGAAAUAUAAUGACACUUUGUUUUUUUUCUCUCGUAGGGGGAUGUAUUAGUAUUAGAGGGAAGCAGUCUGAGUGGGGUGGGGGAGGGGAAAGGACCAGAAGACGCUGGGUACUGUGAUAUCGAAUUCAUAAACAGCAGCAACACGAUGGCAGCACCUACCAGCCACCCCGAAGCUACCGCCGCCAAUGACUUCUCAACCGUCCUGUCACGCCAUUCUGGUGAGCUCGGCUCGGCCGGUGUGCGCUCGUCUUCGGCUCAAUCGGCAGCAGUAGUCUCAACAUCAUCAUCAGCGACAGCCAUGCUUGCAAGCUUGGCAAGCUGCCACUCAAUCGUCAUCAACCACAGCAGUAGCAGCAACAACAACAAUAAUGCAAAAAACAAUAAGAAUAAUAAAAUUAAGAAGCAUGAGCAGCAUGCGAAGCGAUUGCAAAGCCGAGUCGGCGUGAUAAUGAACCAACAGCACCUUAACAAUGCAGAACAUAAUCAUCAUCAUCAAAAGUUGGCAGUAGUAACGCAGCAGCAGCCGCGUCAUGGUCAUCCGGCCAGCCAAGAAGCCGCUAGCUCUAAGUCUACGUGUAAGCCGUUAAGUGAUAAUAAGGAUAGCUUUAGCAUUGUAAGCCCUAGGGUACUAAGCUUAACGUUAAUCUCGAGGAGAAGGUGGAUGGAAAAAGAGUUGAUAAUGAUGAUGAUGAUGAUGAAGAAGGAGGGAGAGGAGAUGGGCGGAGCGGGAGCUAGCCUAGUUAGGAUACCCAAGUCUGAGGGUGGCCACUUCGUGGUGGUGGCCGCCAACCUUAAGGCUAAGCUUAGUCAUGUAAGUUACUUUAAGCCGAAUAACUCCGAGUCUGUGAUAUCGCUCAGCUCGAGCGUCUCUAGCGGCGGCGCUAGCCUCUGGGCCAGUUCUUCCAUUACGCUUAACGUCACUGCUGCUGAUCGUCGAGUUGUUGUCGACGAUCAACAAGCCACGGCGACGAAGAUGAUAAUGAUAUCGAUGCAGGAGAAGAAGAAUAAGAAGAAGAGCAGCAGCAGCGCCAACAAGCCGCAACAGAGCGCCGAGCAAACGCGACUAUGUGUUCCAUUAGUUGAAGCUAAGUCUCCGCGGAGAAUAAUCGAUGGUAUUAGCUGUACCGAAGCAACAAUGUGUACUGUUGGUGCUCUUUCAUUUCAGAAUAAUAACAAUAAGUCUAACGAGCCUCUAAACACUAGCUUUAAGAGCUCCCAAGAGCAAGCGAUCAUUCAUAAACUUAAGUCUCUAUCUAAGUCUACGCCUAGCGAUAAGAACAAGUCUGACAUCAUCUAUGUUAAUUGCAAGAGCGAUAACAACAACAUUCCUACGCUUAUCGACGUCAACAACAAUGAAAACCGCAAUCACUACAACUGCAACAAUAGACGCAAUCAGACAACUGUACCUGCGAUGAGUGUCGUUCUAUCCGAACUCGUGCAAGACUGCAGGGGUUUCCUGGCCGACUACUUGGCGAGACGUCAGGCAAACAGCCUCGACAGACUGAGGGAGGCCCUUGGCAUUUUGUUUACUGUCAAGUCCAGCUACCAACAGAUCCUCGACUACAAGCGACGUUGGGGCAUCGCCCCGUACCUCUGUCUCCUCGGCGGUGGCGAGAGCUCGCUCAACAGUAGCGCCACAGCUAGUUGGGCACAAGCUCAGCCAACCACUACCAAUAAUAACAAUCAGGCACAGUCCGGAUGGGGCACGCCCGGCAAUAACGGCGCCAGUGGUGGCACUGGCGCUGGUGGUAACAACGCUUCUCCUGGCAAUCAGCAGCCCCAGGGACAAGCUGGUCCGCCACCCGGAAACUGGCAGAGCGUCACUGGACCCAGGAACAUGGGCAGUCAGAACCCUAACCAGGGCCAGGGCCCACCUGGACCACAAAAUAAUCAAGGAUCAAACGUACAAUCUGGACCACCAACGUCCCAACCGAACAACCAAUCUCAACCAAAUCAAGGCAAUGGUGGAGGCACCGGUAACACAGGCCAAUGGUCACAGAACAGUAGCAAACCCACUAACGCUCCAGGACCAAAUGGUAAUCAAGGCCAAAACAACAACGGACAAAGUGUAUCUGCUCAGCAGCAACAACAACAGCAACAGCAAUCACCUCAACAACAAUCAGGUCAACCACAGCAGCAGUCCAAUCAGCAGCAAGCUGGUGGUAAUAACAAUCCCCAGAUGAACAAUCCUGGCCAAGGAGGGCCUGCGAGCACUGCCUCAACUCCAACUACAAAUAAUCCUUCGGCCAAGCAACAACUUGAGCAGCUGAAUACCAUGAGGGAGGUUCUUUUCAGUCCUGAUGGUUGGGGUUGCCAACACGUAAAUCAGGAUACCAGCUGGGAUGUACCAGCAUCCCCAGAGCCAAUCAUGAACAAGGACGCACCAAUGUGGAAGCCGCCGGUAAACAACGGCACAGAUCUCUGGGAAACGAAUCUUCGUAACGGCGGUCAACCGCCACCGCAACAAGCAAAAGCACCAUGGGGCCAUACCCCAUCAACUAAUAUUGGUGGUACAUGGGGUGAAGAUGAUGACAGCGCUGACACAUCCAAUAUGUGGACCGGUGCUCCAGCACCAAGUCAACCCAAUGCAGCACCAUGGCCUGGUGCCAAUUCCGCCAACCAGACCGGUAUGUGGAAUGCACCCGCCCCACCGACCGGAGGUUCCAAUUGGGGUGAUCCACGAGUUGAUCCACGUGAUCCACGUGAAAUCCGCUCGGUCGAUCCGCGAGAAAUGCGCGGUGCUAUUCCGCGCGACCAUCGCAUGUCGCUCGACCCACGCGAACAACAUAUGCGCGUGAUUGACCCUAUGAGUCGUGAUCCACGCAUGUCAGGCGAGAUUCGUGGUGAUCCUCGGGGUGGUAUAUCCGGUAGACUCAAUGGUGCCGGUGCUGAUGCUAUGUGGAACCAACCACCAGGUCCACCGCACCACCAGAUUCCGGGCCAUCAGCAUCCAAGUGGCCCGCCGACAAAGAUGCUGACACCACCAAGCAUGAAUCAGUGGUCAGCGCAGCCUCCCAAGGACAUGAUGCAAGGCGGCAAGCCCUCCGGUUGGGAAGAACCUUCACCUCCCACUCAACGUAGGAAUAUGCCUAAUUACGAUGACGGUACAAGUUUGUGGGGAAACCCCGCAGCCAAUCAGCGACCAAUGCAAAGUGCCAAAGUCUCGCAUUGGAAAGACGUUCCUGCUCAGAAUCUCGGUCGUGGUGGUAUGCAGUGUCCUCCGGGUAUGCUGCAGAACCAGAUGCCAGGCGGCCAGCCAGACAUGAAACCCGAGUCUGUUGGCGGAGGUGGCGGUAAUGCUGGUGGCGGUCCUAUGUGGAAUACUCACCCAGGCGCCGGUAGCGGUCACAAUGGCUCGUGGGCUGAUGGACCAAGCGGUGGACCAGCUGAUUGGGCAUCUGAAAGCAAACCGCGCAGUAGAAAUCGGUAUGGUCCUGAAAUCGUUGAUCCACGCACUGGAAAGCCUCUCGGUUGGGAGGAUCAUCAAAAGCCAUCCAGUAUGGGUGGUCCCGCUAGUAAUUGGGCUGAUACUGAUAUGGAUCCUAGUUCCAAUUGGGGACAUACCGCCAAACCUGCGCUAACCAAGGAACUCAUAUGGAACAGCCGGGAGUUCCGUUAUUUGUGCGAUAUGGGUUUCAAGAAAGAGGACGUUGAAGUGGCGCUGCGAAGUCGCGAGAUGAAUCGCGACGAGGCACAAGAAUUACUGAGUCAGGUGCGCUCAGUAGAUCAGUGGCGACGUCAUGAUACCGGACAUUCCGGAUACGAUCCAACCAGCCAAUCUGCGGGAGGCCAAUCAUUCUCGCGCUUCAAUCAUGUUAGCCAACAGAUGACUUUCCCACCGGGGGUAGGUGUGCCUGGUGGGGCGGUAGCCGCAGCCGCGGCUGCUACCUCGGUCACUAGCGCUAGCCUCCUCAAGCUCCAGCAGCAGCAGCAGCAGCAACAGCAGCAACAACAGCAACAACAACAGCAACAACAAGCGGUUGCGGCUGUACAACUGCAGCAACAGCAGCAACAACAGCCACCUACAGCCGCGCAAGCUCAACCGCCGUUUAAUCAGGCAUCUAGAACGCCACAGAAUCAGCCAAGUACGCAGCAGCUUCGUAUGCUUGUCCAACAGAUUCAAUUAGCCGUGCAAGAAGGCUACCUCAAUCAUCAAAUUUUGAAUCAGCCAUUAGCACCGCAAACACUCAUUCUGCUCAAUCAACUACUGCAACAGAUCAAAGUUCUUCAGCAGCUCCAUCAACAGCACACCAUGCAGAACUCCCUGAAAGGCAACAGCCAGACGGUUUUGCAAAUCAGCGUGCAAAUUACUAAAACCAAGCAGCAAAUCGCCAAUCUGCAGAACCAGAUUGCCGUGCAACAGGCUACUUAUAUGAAACAGCAAGCACAGCAGCAGCAACAACAACCUCAUCCGAGCAGCUCGUCCCAACCGUCAGAUUAUUACAAACCUUCGGUACAUGAUCCUAUGAGCGCAUUACAAAAUAGCUUCAGUGAUCUCGCUAUGAACAAGGAGCCACCAGUGAGCCAACAACAAUCACGACUGAAUCAGUGGAAACUGCCGUCUCUCGACAAGGACACAGACAGUGAAUUCUCUCGUGCGCCAGGUAGCACCAGCAACAAACCACCAGCAACGCCUGGUGGUCUUUCCCAGUCACAUAGCAGCCCUAACAUGAAUCCACUGCUUGGCCCAAGUGAUGCACCCUGGUCAAGCCGUCUUGGUGACAGCGGUUGGCCUGAUGCUGGCAACAAUGACUCUACUGAUGGUAAAGACUGGCAACCACCAGGUACUGGCUCUGCUUUUAGUGAUCUCGUCCCCGAGUUUGAACCUGGAAAGCCAUGGAAGAUGAAAACAAUUGAAGACGAUCCCAGUUUGACACCUGGCUCGGUCGUCCGUUCACCGCUUUCACUUGCUGCAAUCAAAGAUUCUGAUACAAUUUUCUCGACCGGAAGUAAGACUUCACCGCCGCCUCAAAAUGCCGAUACGUCUUCUAUUCCAAGCCUGAGCAAUUCCACUUGGAGCUUCAAUCCCCCAGCUACUACGCCUAGUGUUUUCACCAGCUCGAAAAAUACCUGGGGAGAUGCAGCUCCACCGCCAACAGCCGUGACAUCGGAGCUAUGGGGUGCACCAAUGGGCAAAUCCCGUGGUCCACCACCUGGACUCGGUAACAAAAGCGCUGGUGCUGUGUCGAACGCAAGCAACGGCUGGACAGCUCUAGGACGCUCUAAUACCUGGGGCUUACAAUCUAAUGCUCCAAGCGCUGGCAAUAGCGGAUGGGUUUCACCAUCCACUUGGUUGCUGCUGAGAAACUUAACUCCACAAAUCGAUGGAUCAACACUGAAAACUCUGUGCAUGCAGCACGGUCCAGUACAGGACUUCAGACUCUACCUGAAUCAUGGAAUCGCACUUGCUAAAUAUUCGUCUAGAGACGAGGCUAUCAAGGCCCAAGGUGCACUAAACAACUGUGUGCUCGGCAACACAACAAUCUUUGCCGAGUCUCCGGUGGAUAGUGAGGUGCACACGUUGCUUCAACAGCUUGGCCAUGGAAGUGGUGGGGCUGCAGCAACCGGCGCCGGCGCAGCGGGUCAAAAUCCAAGCAGUGGCGCUGCAAGUUGGAAUCUUCGUGCCACAGCCGCGGUGGCAGCAAACAAAGUCGCUGGCGGUGACACUUGGGGCGCAGGCGCCAGUCAACUGUGGGGUGCCCCACCAGCGACCAAUUCACUGUGGAGCAGCAGCCUCGACACAAGUGAGCAGCAGCGCGCCACCCCAUCGUCGCUCAACUCGUACUUACCCGGCGACCUCCUUGGAGGCGAGUCCAUGUAAGCGUCAAUUAGCCACGUAAGCACACGAAAAAAAACAACUCAGCACCGAUAUCUCUGCGUUACUUAAGGAACUGCGACGACUUAGACUGUAUAUCUAAUCAAAACUAACAAACAAUACGAAACAAACAAAAGAAAGGGAUUUAAAAAAAAUGAAUGAAUAACUAGAACAAGCGAGCGAGAGAGACACAUUCCGGUGGAUAAUAUAGAUAUGAUUACUAUAGACGACGUCAAGUGAAGUCCGUCGAGAGGCUGAGGGACGCGCGACACACGCAACGAUACCAAAUGUUAUAACGCAAUAACACGUUUUAAAAGUUUUAUUCUAUUAUUAACCCAUGCCACCUGUCGUGCCAAUGUCCAACGUGUGUCUCCGCAUUCCCCCUUGACCCCCACCUCUCUCUCUUUUGAAACGCUUUUUUAAAACCGCGAGGCCCAGCGGCGCCCACGACGACGAGUUCAUUCUUUGAGAGAUUUCUUUUUUUCGGACUUAGUAUUACGAUAUAUUUAUAUCCCUAAACGUCAAUGUUUUUACUUCUGCGAGAUCAAUUCCUUUCGUUGGCGUUCGAGCGUACCUGAUUGACUGAGGGAAAGGGAAUUGACACGCUUUUAACAAUUUUUUCUUUUUUUUUUUAUAUAUAUAAUUUAGUGUAAAAAAAUUGUCGCGGCCUCGCGUGCUUUUUAACGAUCUUUUCCUCUCUCAUACGAGCACGGCGACAUACUCACGAAUUCUUUUGUGGCUGAUUGAAUUUUUUUUAUUAUUCUUACUUUAUUUUUAUUAAUUGAUUUGAUGAUCGUCGUCCACUCUCAGAGCAGAGGAAUAGGUUCGGUUUUCCCCUGGGGACACACGCGCGAGAACAAGUAUAAAACACUUACACACAUCGAUAGAUUUGUAAGCGUAAGUUCUGAUUGUAUUAUUUAAUUAAUUGUAAAAAAAUGAAGCAAAUCUGACGCAAAGUGAAAAGAAAACCAAGCGAAUCUAUUAUCUGGACAAUUAAUCAUUGAUUGAAAGAUAACAAUGAAGGCGGUAUGAAGACAUACAUUAUAUGUACAUCAAAUAUACAUUAUAUAUAUUAUAUAUUUAUAUAUUAAAGCAUCGUACUGGCGACUUCGCGUGGAGACAUUGACAUAAAAGCAUUUUUUGUUUUUUGUUUCUAUCUUUCAAUUAAAAAAUAAGAAAUAAUAUUGACUAUUUGAAAACUAGUCGCGAGCGGCGCGCGAGGACGAAAAAAAAAAUUACAAAGUUAUAAAAGUGAAUUAUACUAAAGUGAAAGAAGCGCAGCGAUGAAUUGUUUUUCAUCAUUGUCACGAAAACAGAAAAAGAAAACAAAGAAUUACACAUUACGAUAACUAUAUUUUUUCUGUGUAAAAAAGCAAUACGCCACAUUUUUUAUUAUUACUCAAAAUUGUUAUUGUCAAUUGUUCUUUUUAUUUUCAUUCAUUCCCUUCUUUACGAAUACGCACGUGAGCGUAUAUACACUUGAAAUAAAGAAAAAAAAGAAGUCCGAUGCAUCGAUACGUAACGGCUGAGCGCAGCCUAAAAACAAAGUCCAGUCGCGGGGUGUAGCUUUAAAAAUUUAUUUUUUUAAUUAAAAGAUGAAAAAUAAACGAGAGAAACGAUAAACGAUAAAAAAACGUAAAUAAAUAAAUAACUAAUGGAAAGUCCGUCGACCAAACGCUGAACAUCGCCGCCGCGGCGAGGUUCUGGUGAUUCUAAAGCCAUUUUUAUUAUUUAUUGUAUACGGGGAUUACGAUUAGUAAGAUAAACGAAAUACCGCCUGCACGUGUCGAUGCGAGAUAAUAAGCUCAGCAUUUAAGUUUAACAACACACAUAAGCACACUAAUGCAUACAAAAACAUUAAAAAAAAACAUUUCUCUAAAGUAUUUUUAUGCGUCCGUGUGUAAACUCGACUUUAACACCUAAUUUGCGUUUGAAACAAAAAAUAAUAAUAAUAAUAAAACACGUAUCGAUCAAAUCAAAGACGAUGACGAAAGACGGCAGAUGUUUUUUGUGAUAAUAAUUAAAUAUUUGAACUUAGGUAUUACUGCAGCGGCAAUUAGCGCGCGCGCGCGCACGCGUGUGCCCGACAGGCAUGUAUAUGCAUGUAUACAAACGUACACGUAUGCUUGCUGAAAUAGCGCGUGCGCGCGCCACGAGCCGUUAUUUAAAUUAGGGCAAAUUUUUAAUUAAUGAAAAAUACUUAUCGAACACGUCAAUGUACCUACUCUCUGUCGAUGUGCAGGAGAUUUUAAAAAUCACGUGCUGACACACACACAUAAUUCAUUACUAUUAAUUAAUGUGUAUAUAUCUAUAUAUACGCCAAGUAUAUAAAUAUAUAUACGUGUAUAUGAAUGAAGGAAUAGUACACAUGGAAUAUAUCGAUAUAUAAAUAUACAUUUAUAAUUUCAAGUAAGAUUCUAUCAAUAAUAGUAAAAGUAUGAGAGCAAAAGUAAAAUAAGUAAGAUAAAAAAAAAAACAGAAAAAAAAUAUCGCGCACGACUAUGUGUAUGAAAGAAAGAAGCAGCGUGAGUGACAAUUAGCGCAAUUCUCAAGCGAUAUCAGUCGACUGGUCCCUCUCGACUGGCAGGCGAUGGCAAUAGAGUUCGAUAGGAAUUUAAGGACUUGAAACGUGACACUUUACAUGAACUCACACACCUCUCAGGACAUGCACAUAACAAAACUAAUCUUAUGUAAUUAUCGUACGAUAUAAUAUGCAUUUUGCUCUCAGUCGACGAGAAUUGUUUUUUUUUUCUUUAUUUGCACAACCCGCUGUCGUACUCCACGCGAAGGAUGAACGGAAUAUAUAUUAUAUACUCGCGCGAUCACGACGAGGAACUUCGAAAGGAGAAAUAGAAAGAAAGAAAGAAUGAAAGAAAGACAAAAAGAAAAACAAAUAUCCAGUCUCUGACUCUUCUCCUGCCUUAUUACACCGAAAAAAACGAGCUCGCAAGCAAAACGAUUUUUACUCGCGUCAUUUGAGUCCUAGUCAAUAGAAAAUGGAUUUAGUCAUGCAAUAUUGCUCAACCGGCAACUUAUAAUACAACAAGCAAACGAAUGUGUAACAACCACAACAAGUGAAAGCAAAAAGAUACACAAACACAAGUAAUCAUAUCAAACGCGCAGACGUAGAGUUUUGUUAUCGAUGAUGAUGAUUGUCCAGUCAAGUUCCUCGACUGAUCCCACGGACAAGACCAAAUCAGUCGUGUCGUUAUUAUAGUCGUCGUUCGACCAUGAUCCACAAUUAGCGUAAUGAAAAAACAAAAAAAAAAUUCAUGAGGAUUAUCCGACGUUUAUGUAUGUGUACACACACACAAUAUAUUAAUACUAAUUUUGAAAGUUAGUUGUAACGAAAAGGGGCCCGAACCCAAUUUUACCGAGAUAUUGAGAGGAAAAAUAAUGUUAUCGUAAUAAUAAUAAUAAUACUUAGCGCUUAAGUGGGGAAAAAACUUUAAUUUUAGAGGGGACAUUUUUUCUUGAUUUAUUAUCUAUGAGUGAGGUCUUUUAGAUUUUUAAGUAAGAAACACGUACGCGCAUUAUGAUUGUAAGGCGAGAAACAAGUAAGAGAAAGAAUGAAGAAAAAAAGAUAAAAAAUACAAAAAAAUCGAUUAAUAAUAAUGAAAACACCCGCUAUGUGAUAUUCUCGUGUCUUGUCUAACGAGAGACGUUGUUUUGUAGGAUUAUUGUCAUUCUGAUUAAUUAAUUAUCAUUGGUGAUUUAAUUUUUUUCGAGUCAACGUCGACUUUAUUAUUAUUGCUGCUGCGAAUUGUCGGGCUGGAUUGACGCGUGCCUACCGAUGAAAAUAAAUCGUCUUGGAGUGUCGUCGUCGCACUACUCUUGUACUUCAUUCGAGCUGUCAUAUAUAUAUCAUAUACAUGAAAGAACCCUCGAGAGUUUUCGAAACGUUUUCGCUUGUCAUUUUCCUCGUCCCGCAAAGCCAUUGCGAUAAAAUCAAAAUGAGUGGCGCGCGGACAACAGUGAAAAUUUGUCACCUUUUUUGUUGCGACUCUCGCGCCGUUUCUCUCUCAAAAAAACGAAAAACAAACAAACAAACAAACAAAAAGAAAGAAAGAAAAAAGAAAACCACGAGAAUCUCGAGAAUCGGUGCAUCGACAACAAACAACAAAGAUAUUUAACAACAAAAAGAACGACCAAAACACGACGCAAAGACUUGUUAUAGGAGAAAAGGUUUUGAGGCAGAACUGAUUUUGACGAUCGCUGACGAUGGAUAACGCACGUAUUAAGUAUUAUUAUGUAACGGCGCAGACUUUUUCGUUGUAGUUUCGAUUGGCUUUUAACGUCUAAGCUACAAUGUUUUUUACUUAGGGGUUCGUAACCAUUUUAGUUGAUAUGUACGUUACUUUUAAUUCUUAUAAUUGCCAUUGCACACACACAUAUAUACAUAUAUAUGUAUGUAUAUAUACACGUAUGUAUAUACAUGGGCUCUCUCACGUUCCUUGCGAUAGUCGAUCCAAGCUUUUCCUCUUUUUCGAUCCACGCUUGGAUCGUCGUCAACACGCGCGCGUAUAACCUGAGAUCAUUUCUUUUUUCUUCUAUAGGAGGAAAAUAAUGACUAUGAUUUUCUAGCUUGAUAAUUUAUUUAAAAUAUAGCUUUGCUUCUUUUUUUUGUCAAAUCUGGAUUUUAACAAUUAGAUCUUUGCACUUUGCAAAGUGGCACUUAGAACAAUUAUACAAGCUCCCUCUCGAUAGUAUUUACAGUAUUUUAACGAGCAGUACAUGCAUCAUUUCAAUUUUUCAAUCUCCAAUUGAUAGUAUUGUUUUCGCAUAUGUGUGUGUAGCUCGCGAUCACGGCAUCAUUUUUUUUUAGUCUUUGAUUUUUUCCGGAAAAGAAAACUUUCAUUCCAAUCGGCGUAGUUUGCAAAAAAUGACACUUCAAAGACGAAUGAUACGUGAAACCGACCAACGCGAAUUGAAUUAAUCGAACCUCCCUCUCUCUCUUUCAUCUAAUGACGCGAUAUUUUUUACUUAUAGACGUGUAUGCAGAAGCACAAGCGACAAUAGAAAAAUGAAAAACAAAGUAUUUUCUCACGACAAAGAAAAAGAUAAUGCUAAAUGCUCCUUUCCCGACACUACGUGCGCAAAGUGCGACUUUCCCGUACGUUCGGUCAAAAACGCGCACUCAAAAUCGAACUUUGCACACGCCGAUGCAAGUUCGGAAAAGUAGAUUCUUGUCUCGUGCGAUUUUUACACUCAAGCGAAGCUAUUUCGGAAAAAACGGGGGCAUUUCGCACGUGGAUGUUUGGCGAGAAAACUGAGCCUUUAGCAUUUAAAGAUCGCGCAAAAAAGAUAUUUAAAUCUCUUUCUUUGUCCAUUCGAUAAUAAAUCGUAAAAGAAAUCAUGAUGUAGCGACUAUGAAGAACGUUUGAGGAAGAUAAAAACAAGAAAAACGUAUAUAAACCGUGUUUUUCGAAUCUGUGAUCUCUUGUUUCCUAUACUUAUCAAAGAAAAAGAAAAGCGCAAACCGUGGUGUAAUAAUUAAUGAAUAAUCAACUGAUUAAGAGUAUGAUAAAAAUUGAAGAAAAACGUAAAAGAAUUAAAGCAAGUUCAUCUAAUCAUUUUACGAGUACAAGAGUGGGUGCUGAGUCAAAAGAGUGUAUGAGUGUUUUUUGAUCGUGUGGAGUUUAAAAACAACUAAUAAUAUCAAAACAAGUAAUAAAACUGUCAACUCUAGUGCGAAAGUAAACGAAAGACUCACAUUUAAAUUGCAGUUACUUAAGGCCAUUAUCGUCGAUGUGUUAAUUUUUUUUCUUUUCUUAUUUUAUUAAUACGAGGGGAAAAAGGAAUACUCCAGCGAGAGUAAUAUUUUAAGAUUAAAAAAAAUCGUUGUUUGGAAAAAAAAGAAAAAAUCAAAUCUAAAUACAAUCGUUUUUCCAACAGCUAUAUAUAUAUAUAUACAUAUAUAUAUAUAUAUAUAAUUUUAAAGACCCUACCCAGUACCUGAUUAAUACGAGAGUCAUCCAGUUUGUUUCGAUUGCGAUCACGACGAGACGCGAGGUAAUUUUUGUAUUUUUACUUCGAUACGUGCAGAUAUGUAGUCAAAAUCAUUCUCUUUGUUCUUUUAAUUGUAGUUGGAAUAAAUAGAAAAAUAUAUGUGCUACCUCGAUAAAGUAAAAAGAAAAGGAAAAAAAAACUGUUCUGUUACUUUUUCUUCUCUCGGUUCUUUCCUCGUGCCUCCCAUCGUCAGCGUUCCAUCGUCAAAGCAGACAUUUUAUCAAAGCGAAUUGCCAAUUAGUGGAAUUUCUAUUUUCUUGUGCAAUAAUAAUAAUAGCGAAAAGGAAAAAAAAACAAAUAGAUUUGAAAGAAAGUAAGCGUUUGAAAUCCAGUAUUCACUCCGUUCGCUCGAUUAUAUAUACCGAAUAUUAGAUAUAUUCAAAUACGCAAUGUAAAAAAUCGAAGAUUUGACGUGUAUUUUGUUCGUUCUCCUUUUGCGUUUUUUUUUAUGAGUGUGUAUUAUUAAUACAAAAAUUCCGUUAUGCGAGUAAGUGGACUGACAGAAACAUACAUACGAACUGUUUUUUUUUAUUUUAUUUUACUUAUUUAUUUAAUUUUUGUUGUUGUUUGUUCAAAGCCAAAAAACACUUAAAGACGCCUAUGAGGGAACAAUCUUAAGAUAUCAAUGUGAACAUAUUUUUAGAGUAUAUUAAGCAAAAAAAAAAGAAUUAAGUGACGUUAGUAAGGGAUAUCGUUGAUGAUAAAAAACAAACAAAAAAUACUCAUUGUCGACGUGAGUUUUAAUCAUUAAAGGAAAAGUCGAUCUCUAAAACUCUCUCGGACUCGAGGACGGAAUUACAAAUAAUAAUCAAAGCUCUCGUGGCAUAUGCAUGCCUUCGCGCCUUCCACUUACCAACUAUUAAGGAAACAAAAAAAUAUUAAAAAAAAGUACGUAAGACGACUGUGACAAGCAAUCGAAACAAAAAAGGGUUCAUCCUUGGACAAUGAUUGCACCGUGAAUUUCGUUCCUUCUAUUUAUCUCGUGUUCCGCAUUGAUUCUCAUAUAUACGCAUGACAUACGUGCACACCAUACACACACACAAACACACACGCGCGCACACACACACAAACGAAACGUACUAACUGGGCAUUAGAUGCGUGCUCGACUUUGAUUUCCUCGAAGUUACAUAAGGAAGGAAAGAAUUAGCCAGCGAUGUAGUCCGAUGAUGAUAAAAACACUUGGAAAAGGGGGGGGGGGGAGAGAGAAAUACAAAGACAACGGAUAGAUUGUCGUUCCAGGUUGCAUGUUCCUUCUCGAAGAAGCUUGAUUAUAUUUGGUCACGCGAAUGAAAACUUGGUCGAGUCGUCGCAGACUCUCCUCGAUCGACGCUCACCACUCACAUACUCAUAAGUUAGAAAAAAAAGACACUAGUGAUUAAACAAUCAAGAUCGUGCGAGCUGUGAGUCUUGAUCAAGAUAGAUGUAGAUGUAAUAGCGUAAAAGUGCGUGGAAUUAAAAGAAAAAGAAGGAAGGAGCAGAGGAGGCGUGGCUCUCAGCAGCGACUCGGCCCUUUGUCGCGCCACGCGCGCUCAAAUCAAUGAUCGGCGAAGGGCCUGGUCGCGCAAGCUCGCGCCAAGACGCAUCUUCCAUUAGACGAGCGGAAAUGUGCAACGCGACGAUCUGCGUCCAAGACUUUGACUCGGUAACACGGAAACGAAGAGGCGAGCACGGGCGGGGGCACAGGAAGUCGAAUGGCGAUUGCGUGGUUGCGUGGCUCAGAGGGGGCGAGAAAGAGUUUCCGAUAAUCAAUUGCCAAUAGCGAAGAAGCGUCGGGCUCGGAAGAGCAGGCCAAUUACGAGAUAAGAGGGAGGGAGGAGGCAGUGAAAGGACCCGGCCCGGGCGACGGGAGGCAAACUGAACCGUAAAACUUAGCUGCUCUGAUAUACGCUUAAUUGUGUUGCCAAUAACAUUAAUUAUAAUUAAUUAAAAAAACAACCAUAUGAUAAACUUAAUUGAUUUUUAGUCGACAAACAAAUAAUCGAUACGUGGAUCCUUAUGUAUUUCGCGCGCAUUUGCGACUGUUGUUUCUAUUUGUUCUCUCUAUAAUCUAAUGAAAAGAUAAUAAUAAUAAUAAUAAUAAUAAUAAUAAUAACGGUAAAUAAAUCGCGUAGGAUAUUAUCUCUCUACAAUAUAAUAAUAUAUAUUAGAUAGGGUAAUCGUAUAUGUACAUGUUUGUACGAUAAAAACAAAAGUAACGUCUUGUACAAUGUUUCUGUGGUGUUUUUCGCGAGGGUUCGUGUUAAUAAUAAUGACGAGAACAAGCUCUUGUUCCUCCCCACACACGGUAUCUAUAAAAAUAACCCCAUGUUUGUUUCGAACGCUUGGCGAACACCGAUCUAUGUCUUUGUCGGUCUCGCGCGGACCAGCCUCACAACUCGUCGUCGUCCUCUAGCUUUACUUACCUAUGUUGCCUCGAUGAGGGAGAACGAUGACGAUGGAUCUUCCAUUUGAAAUCGACACACCAGUUUUCGCCGCUCAUCGUGUACAGAAUCUCUUCUAUCUUCCAAAAUUUUCACUAGUCUCGCUCGUUAUUUUCAUUUCAAGUUUCUGCCCUCUUCCAAGAUCGACCAAAUAUGGAAAACAUAAGCAUAGUCGAGCGACGCGCCUGACAAACAGUCCUUUAGCUGUUAAACGAGGAAGACCAAUGGAAAAAGAAGCAUUUAAUUAAGUAUUCGUGAAGUCGUUCGACGCGGCGAAAAGCACUUUUUCAGUUACCGUGAUAAAAUAUUGUGAACAAACGGACGACCGAGGCGACAUUGAGGUUGGCUCGGCAGCGAGCUCACGAUUGAAACAAAAAUAACGGAAAUUCCAUGUUUCAGUGCCUAAGUAAAUAAACGAUAGUCUGUAAUUUUUUAAGUCGAGAUUAAAGUACAUAAGCUGCGUGAGAAUGGCGUGUGGCCUUUUUUGCUUUUUCGGCGCCAAGCCAACUUGCAGGGAAAGACUUUUCGUUGGCAAGGGUUGACGUUUCCAUUGAACGCAAGUGUAGUGACGUGCAUAUAAAUAUAUAAUGGCUUUGUUCCGACUCGAUGUUCCUCAUGUCUGCGCUCCGUAUCUUUUUCUUUAGUCCACUUGUAGCAAUGAUAAUCUUACAAACGAACAAACCAAUCAAUCGUUCUCUAUUCCGCUCUGAAAGUCUCACAACUCGGAAGCCUGCCUCCACAGCAAUGAUCUGAGAAAUUCGUUCGGCGAUAAGCAAACAGACAAAAAACCAUAGUCCUAUCCAAUCGAAUCCAUGCUGAUAAAACUGCUCGGCAAUAGCCUUGACAGCUCACAAUAUUUAUCGUCAAAUUUAUUAUUUGUAUGUCGUCGGUAAAGAACCGAGCGUGGAACGAGGCUCACGCCCUCACCCAUGAUAUACCCGCUCCCCUCCAAUCGCUUGCAUAUUCAAACGUAUACAAGUAAUAAUAGUAAUAACGAGGCUGAAAAAAGAAGAUGGAAAUUAAUCGGUGAAAAGACGAUAAGGAACCUGCCUGAAUCUAGUCCUAAGUGAGCAAGACGAAGUAAACAGACGAGAAAAAAGUGAAAAAAAAACAAUAUAAAACAAACACAAAAAAAAGCAACUGAAUCGAGUGAAUGAGGGAAAAUCGCGUGCGAAGGCUUGUACGUUGGUGUUAAAUCCCCAUACAAGAUGCGACUAAAAUCAGAGACUUCUUAGAGUAUUCUUAAGACAAGUGACCUUAUUGUAUGGAGCAUCUCCCUCCCGUGCUCUCCCCUUCGCCCGAGGUCCUUCGUUGCCAAUAGCUUCAACAACGCCGACGAAUCGGGAUAAUCGCGUUUCGUAUUGACCCAAACUCUCUGUCUCUCUCUCUCUCUUUCACUCUCACUCUUCGCCGCGUCCCUCUGAGCCAGUGUCGCGCAACGGCGGCCCCCUGACUUUGCUCGCCUCGCAUCGCGAGCUCAACGAUCCAACGCGAUCGCAAUGCGCGUUCGCCGAGUGUCGACAAUGAGCGUUCUGGAAGAAAGUAGAUUGCCGCGAACGAUGGGCCGCGUGAACUUGCAGGUCUGACUAGUCGAUCUUGCGGUGUGUCGAGAUCCAGUCAUUCGAUAAUAUUACGUCGACAGCUGAAACAGUAUAAGGAAAACGCAAAGGCAGGCGGAAUGUUGACGGUCGUAUAAGCGCAGUAAUAAUAUAAUAUAGUGAAUGGAAAGGAUAGUAGGCGAUAAUGUACGUUGACUCUUAAUCGGGUAGCUCGAUUGUGUGUGUGUGUAUAUAUGUGUACAUACAUAUAUUUGUCUAUGUAUGUAUGUGUGUAUAUAUAAAUACAUCAUUGUGUAUCGAUUAUAAAAAAGAAAAAAAAAAGUGAAGCAAAUUACCAAGAUUCAAAGGGCAGACCUUUCAACAUCGAUCAAAGCUAUUCUCUGCUCGACGGUGUUCAUCGAAAUUCGUGUCAAAUAUAUCAAAAUGUGAUCAUCUCUGUCGUUAUAAGAUUUGUCUGUCUUAGUUGGACGGCCAAUCAAAUACGAGGCGCCUUUUUUUUAAUUAAAACUACGUUGUAAUUAUAUUUACAAAUUAAUUGAAAAAGACCCUUAUAUACUACUCUUUCCGUUCUUUCUUUCGAGCUUCUUAGUACCUCUACAUUACAUAUAUAGCUAUAUAAUUAUAUAUACAUAUAUCUAUAUAUAUAUAUGUUUGCGCGCGCGUGUAUUAUAACGUAUAUGAUAAUGAUAAUAAUGAAAAAAUAUAAACAAAGCUAAUAAUUUAAUCCGACAGAAACGCGUCGAUUGUGAAUCGAUUUAAAAAAGUAGCACCAGAGCUGUGACGCGAUAGAAGGAAAGGUAAAGGGCAGUAAUAAAUAAGUGUCAAAAUAAAUGAAAAAAAAAACUGAAGAAAAAAAGUUAAAAAAAAAUCAAUAAGUAAGAGGAAAUCGCGAUGGGGGAUGGGCAAAAGGUUCGAGUGUCUGUUUAUUUUUUGUUUCGGAUACGAGCUAUUUUGAAUUGGGGAGAUGGGCGUCGAGAGAAAUUGAACGAAAGGGCCUUUUUCUCCUGCAAAGACGACGAAGAUCCUAAAAAAGUAGAUAUUAAGGUUGAAUUAUUAAUGUAUAAUUAUAUAACUGUUUUUUCGCGACCGGUGUUCUUUCCGCUCUGAAACGAAUCUGUGAAGCGCCAACAUCCCUGUUAUAAUUAAUUAUUAAACUAAUUACAUGAAUACAUUUCAAAAAAAGAAAAGGAAGAAAGAGUGUUGUAAACAAUGAUAUACAUUUAAACAUAUUACGCGGUAAGGGAAUAUAAAAAUAAAUGAAUAUAUAUUAUAUAUAUACAUAAUAUAUAAUAUAUCUAUAUACAAAGUAAUGAUAAUAAAUUAUAUUUAACCAAUUAUACGAUUAUAUUAACUACUAAGACUAUUAAUUAUUGCUAUUAUUACUGUCAUUAUUGUGAGUACAUUAUGCCAAUUAUAUGCGAAUGCGAGUAUUAAUUGAAAUGAAUUGAAUAUAAAGUGCGUCGGUUAAUUAUUUCUGUGGUGGAUCAUAAAUAUAUCUAUAAUAUAGCAUACCGCGCGAGAGAGAAGCAAUCGAAAUUGGGAGGAACGAAAAGAAACGAGAAAUAGAAAAGAUAAUCACUGAUCAAUGGUUUCUAGAUUAUUUUUAUUGUCAUUAUUUUUUAUUAAUAUUAAGGAUUAUUAUUAAUUUUAGUCUCACUAUUACAUUUUAUUUUUACUAUUACUACGUAAACUGUGUUGUGAAACGCUAGGCUAUGUCUGUCUCGUAGUUAACUAGAUUUUUAACGGUUAAGCGACCUAUCGAUAAUGUAAGGAUCUUCUUUUUCUUUGUUCGUUCGAAUGUCAUACACAUGUGUGCGAAAGUGAUACGCACUCGUACAUUAUAAUAUAAUACAAACCUAUGGGAAAGUAACGACACACGAAUUAGCCGCAGGUCUGUCAGCCAUCAGUUAGAAAAAAUCAAGCCAAGCUAUGCAUAUAGAAAUAUACGUGUAUAUCGACGUCGCAUUGGCCAGCGAUCUCGUCGAUGGAGGUUGUAUAUUCGGAUAACUGACGGAAAUUUCGGCAUUGAUCGUACAAUUAGCAUCUAGACUGUUAUUCCCGCGAAAAGACUAAAAAAAUCAUUGAAACAAUCUUUCGUUUCGAGGUUAGAGCCAAUUUCCCCCAGCCUCCACCGAGAGCGCCAACUGUAAAUAAACUGAUCGGCAACCGCCCUGUCCGUAAUUAAAAAAAACAAAAUCGUGUGUUCGAUUCAGCAAUAAACAUAACAGACAAACUAAAAAUACUGCGGAGACCACACGACACACAUACACACAUGCACGCCUCACACGAGUUUUCUUCUCAGUGUUCUCCGAAGUAUAAUGUAUAGCUGUACUCGAUCUACAUAACGCGCCCUUCGAGACGUUCGAAAUGUCACGAUGGUAACGCGUGUGGCGAAAAAGACAAAAAUAAUUAACCAAGACGUUCCAGGCAAAACGGGUGCGAUUUUCAACUGUUCUUCGUGCGUUCACUCUGGUUUUCUCGUUUUAGCGUUCAGCGAGCAUAUAAAGUGCGUACAAUUUCCGUUGAACUCUGUUUUCCUCGUACUUUAUUGUUAGCAACAAAAAAAACCGAUCGACGACGACUAAGUUACAAAUGACGUUGACGGGACUCGACAAUAAAUGCAUGCAAGAAAAAUGAAAACCGAGAGGUUAAGUGAAAUCGUUGACAUUGUUAAUUGUACAAAAAGGUAGAUGACAGGGAAAAACAAAAGCGUUAAAGUGACUAGAUUAGAUGCCAUUCGUCGUUUAACGAGUAUUGUACAACGAGAGAGGGAGAUAAGGUAAGAAGGGGGAGGGAGGUUACAAGUCCGUCAACUAGUCGCACAAUAGAUACGAACCCAGUAUAAGCGAUUUGUUGAUAAGGUUAUGAAUAAUCGAUAAUAAUAAUAAUGAUUAAAUAUAUAAUACUAAAGUAUACGUAGACGUACUUUUCGCACGACGCACAUUGAAUCAUCGAUGGACGGGUCUCGACGUUCCUUUUCCUCCCCUUUCGCUCUACGUAUACAUGUACAACUCUCUUUCGUUGUGGAUUCUUGUUAAACUCGUGCAGACCAAAAAGUUGAAACAAAAACAAACAAAAGAGUUACUGACUAAGAAUCAAAAUUCGACCUCAAAUCUUGUAUGAUAUAUAUUUACUUCCUUUUCAUUGUUUUUGUAAAUUAAAACGCGUCUUUCGUGUUUAUAAUAAUGAACUAAAAAAAUAUUUAAAAAAACGAAAUAAAAAUAAUUUUAAUAAUAAUAAUAAUGUUGACAGCGCCCGAUUGUGAGCGGAAACCUUACUAAAAAUAAAAUUAAGACUGUCUCUAAGCCAUAGAACUAAUGAUAUUAAUCGAACGAGUCAACGUGGUUUUUUCGUAGGACGAAUUUGUCGGAGUGAAUUUUUUGUAGAGUGAAUGGCGAAGAAUUUUUAUUUCUAUACUUAACGAAAGAUUUAAAAAAUUAAAGUUGAAUAACAAACAGAUAAAACUGAAAUGAAGGCCAAUGAGUUGAGCUCUUCGCGAAAGUAUUUAUUUUUAUGUUUUAAUCUCUAAGAAAAAUAAUAUGUAUUGUAUCGCGUAUAUACAUGAUGUACGUGUUAUCCGAUAGGUUUCAACCAUAAAAUAAAUGAAAAUUAAAUAGUUAAGGGUCGUGAAGGUUUGCUGAUGAUAAACGUACACAUAUAGUCCUCUUCGUUGUAGAAUCUUACGCACAGUUACUUUCGUUAAUCUUGUUUCUUCCAAUUAUUGUCAUUCUGUCGAUCCAAAAAUAACCACAAACAAACAAACACACACACACACACACAUGUACACACAAGCUACCAUGCGCUGGACAUCUACCGAUGCACGCACACGCCUACACGAAACACCAAAACGCCUUUUUCCUACUCGUGAAUAUAUAAUGAAUAAAUAAAAGUAAACCCUCUAAUGAUAUUUGCAUACCUUAAACCUCUUGUCGUGCAAUCGUAGGAUUAAAGUUGACGUAUAGUAGUAAGUAUAAUGAUAUACAUAUUUUAGGAUACGUGAUAGAUGAGGACGGUGAAGUAAACAAUAAGUGGUCACAUUAGGUAAAUUGCAUUUUAUCACGCCCACUAGGUAAAUACACAAUGGCAACAGCGUCGGUUCAAAGAAAAAAUUAAUCAUACACUCGACAUGCUUCCAAAAAGAGGUCGGUUUUCAAUAAAAAUAGUCUGAAGCUUGGAUUGGUACAUAGGUUAACGUCAUUCCGGGGACAGUUGAAAAUCGCUAAUGUAACGGUGGGGGUGUGACACUCUUGACAUUCUGUCCAGGAACCUCAACACAAGGGCCUUAAUAUACUUAUUAUACACGCUAUAUCAUAGUCGUAUUAGGUUUACUGUUGCGAUUCAUAAUAUAGACGAAGGGAAAAGGGCGGCGGAGACGACAUUUUGAGUAAACUGUAUGAUAAUAGUAAUAUUGUAAUAACAGUAACGUACGAUAAUAAAAAAAGAAGUAGUCUUGCGCAAAGCGAUAUGAAAUAUAUAUAUAAAUAUAUAAUGGUAAUAAUAUCGAAUGAUGUCAUACGAUACGGUAACAACAAUAAUAAUACAGUUGUCGAAGCGUAGUAAUAAUCGAAUAGCAAGAGCGAGCAAACAGGCAGGGCGGCGCAAGCAUCUGCAAUCUAAGUGUGCGCUUAUCCGCAUAUUCGCGCUCCGGCGCGACAAGUUUUCUUUCGUUCAUUUUUUUUUUUUUUUUUUUUUUUUUUUGUUGAUCGACGACAAACACAUAGCCGAGGUAGACCACUGCUAGCACACACAAUCACACGCGUGUACACGUCAACUUUGAUUAAUGAGAGCCAAUCAGCGAAGAGGCCUUAACUGUAUAAAAUAAAAGUAAAAAACGAUGCACGAAGCGACGCUCUUUUCUUGCGUUUCACUCGGUACGCUAUGUCCUCUCAUUAUUUAAGCUCGAGUCAAGGUCAACAAUAGGAUUUCAAUCGUGGUGCGCUAGAUACUAAGCAUCUGCAGGACACAGUCAAGAUCUGGGCUAUGCGUGCUCGAUUAAACCGAUACGACGAAGCAAUUGACCUAAUCGCGCUUAUUACUAUUAUCGUAUGUAUUUUUUUAUUUUUUUUUUAACUAUUAUUGCGCUUGUCGCCGUAUCGAUUGAGUUGAGUUACGGUUAUUGUUUGCGAAUACCACUUUAGGGUGCUUUUUACUUUAUCAUAAUGAUAGUUAUUAUUAUUUUUAUUAUUAUUAUCAUUAUCGUAGAGUAACAAUAUUAUUAUUAAACUUAUUAUUUUGUAAUGGACGUCGCGUUCGUCGCUGACGUCAAGUACAAAUGAUAUGUUAAUGCAGACUUGUAAAGAUCUACAUGCGACGUCAAUUGCGAACGAGCCGCUCCUUUUUUUUAGAGAUGUUUGAUUGUGUUUUAUUUCCUUCUCUGUUUUUUUGUUUCUCUGCUCUUAAGUUUUAAGAUGAAAAGUAUCAAGCAGCUGUACCUAAGUAGUUUAGUUAUAUUCUAUAUUAUUAUUAAUUUUAUUAUUACGAUGAUUAUUAUUAUUAUUAUUAUUAUUAUUAUUAUUAUUAUUAUUAUUCUAUUGCAAUUAAUAUUAUUAUAUGAUUAUUAUAAUAAAAAAAUCAAUAAAAACCUAAAAAAAAUGUUAUUUGUUGAUGUAAUGCGAUAUAUCACGUAUCCUCCUGAUCUCGAUAACACUAUGAAUAUUUGUCCAAAUCAAUGUUGAGCGAUAAUCAAUGGAACCUUAUACCUAUAUAGUGUUGGCCAUUCUAAGGUAUAGCACUUGGAAUGAAUUAUUGAUAAGUAUCGAUACACAUAUAUUUAUUGAGGAAAUAUUAUUUUUACGGUGUAAGAAUGUCAAUAAGCGUUUUUAAGACGGAGGUCGCAUUAAAUUAUAUAUCAAUGUAACUGAAUUUCAAAGCCUGUCGGUGCGAGUGGUCGACUUCAGUGCAAUUUCUAAAAGAGACGAUGCAUCGUUUAGAAAUCGCGCGCCAUCGAAUUGUACACCAUUGUUUUGCCCGACUGCGUAGAUCGACAGAAUACAAUAAGUUUCGACGGCUACGUUAUGUAGAAAGACAAAAUCAAUUCGCGCGCAUACUGAACAAACCGACACAUAAUCGUAAGCUCAACUUAUUUCCCCUGAAACACCGAGUGUAUUGUGAUAUAUUGCGAUUAUUACUAUACUCUUCAACUUGAACUACAAACGCUCCCUAGUAUUUGAACGAUGAACUUCCUCCUACCGCACUGAUUUAUUCAUCCGUUCGUUAUGAUUCCGACGACUAUAUUCAACUGCGCGUAAUCUAUUCAGUAUUGUCGCUUCAAGUGAAUUCGAUCGUUUCGGCUUCUGACCAUUUAGCCUCUGACCAUUUUGUUAUUGCAGCGUCAACAGUGCGGACAUUUUGUUUCGACAUUGACGUUGCAACAACGUGAUGGAUUUUUGCAAUUUUACCGAGAUUAAAAGACAACUUGACAACCAUGCCUUGAAAGUGUUCUGAAUAUCUUGGAGGAAUUCUCAUCAAGAAAUGUGAUAAACGAAAGACCAAAGUAAAAUUAAUUUCUCAAAUUUUAUUCAACAAUUCAUACAAAUUUUCUUCGGAUAGCCUGUUGUAAUGAAAUUAACUUUUUCUGAGAAAGUUAGCAAUAGGAUUAUCGUACAUUACGCACAGCCUUUCACAACUAUCUUCAAGCUGAAACGCAUCAGUCGAAUCUUACUUGAAUCGUCAGUCGUGGAAAGAGGCGAAAGGACAAUUUUCACUUAUUUCGAAAAUUUUAAAUUUUCACAUUAUACUUCAAUUUGUGAUAAUACACUUGUUUAUUUUUCAUGUGAUGCAAAUUAUAGCUAACAAUAUUCCGACUUCACUCGGUUGAAAGAAAUUUUACAAUGUCAUUGCUUAAUCACAGAGUAGAUCAACAAAACAUGCCCUCAGCCACCAAAUAAGAAAAUAUUUGAGACUAUUGAUGCAUAAGGUACUGUAACGACGAUCACUCGUAAUUAUAACACAUACGUAUUUACUCAUACUCAACACGGGCACGCGUGUGAUUUUCACAUCACCCCUAAUUUGGUAAAAUUAAUAUAAAAAAAAAAAUAAAAAAAUAAUAACUACGUAAACUACGCAUCAAUGGGAUGCGAGAAGUGUAGAGUACACGACGAUAAACAUAUAACACAUACAAAUAAAAGUACUUGAUAAGGUAACGUAAAAUUUUAAGAAUUAAGAAAAACAUACAUAUAAUAUAUUCUAAUAAUGCAUAUACUAUAUUUGAAAUACGGCUAACGUGUGAAAGGUAAAAAACACACGACAACAACAAACUUUCAAAAGAACAAAAUGGAAAAAAAACAUAUAGUUAACUGAGAAAAGAUAUAGGUGAGAUAUAUAUUUUUGGCCGCAGAAAGGUAUACAUGUGUAAGAUUUAUCCGAUAAGAUUUUCAGGCGCAUUACACAAAUAUUGUUUAUGACUUUUCGAUAAGCGUAUAUUAUAUGUAUACAUAUAUACAUAUAUAAAUAAAAGCAUGACUAAUUGCAAUUAUGAUCGAUGUAAUAAUAGUAAAAUACGAAAUAACGCUCGUCGCGGCACGACACAUAGCCUGAUUUACAUAUGCAUAAGCACAAAUGAGAAUGUGGUGUAAUGUUUGGGUUGAAACGAACGAAUUAUCGGUUAGAAUAUCGUACAAUGGGAAAUGACCAUUCGACGAGAGUGUAAAUCCUUCGAGGAAGGUAUAGUAUGAGAAAGGUACAAGGAGCUGCGUUCAAUUAUUCACGACUAUAAGCGACUUCGAGUUUCGAGGGGCUACAUUUAGAGACGUUUGUUGAAAGUCCUUCUGCGAUAGUCGAACGAUUGACGGACUCGAUCAUAUAUAGCAAUUUGAUGCGCGAUCUGCCUACGAUUUGUCUGAAUGAGAGAAGAAUGCUUCGCACAGCGCGACAACCAAUGCGUCGAGUGAUCGAUUACCUAAGUGUCUGUAUGUCGUGAAAAGCAAAGGAAAAUGUGUUACUCGAUAGCGAUUAAGGAGACACGGUCGAGACGGUUUUUAACAGUUUUUGUUUGCUUGGAAUCCUCUCUCCGACGAACGCAUCGCCGAUGUAAUAAACAUUAUCUGUAAAAGUAAGCUGAUACGCGUACGUUCCCCGGCGAAUCGGGACGCGUAUUACUAUACAUAUACAUAUACAUAUAUAUAUAUAUAUAUAUAUAUAUCGUUGGAGUACAGCACGCGAAUGUGUUUGAAAUUGUUGUCGAUCGCGACGAAAGCGCGAGGAAACGAGCAACAGUUUGCACAAAUCGCGGGACAAGAGAGAGACGAAGAACGCGAACGGCCCUCUGCAGCGCAGAUCAGCGGGGUGUCUCGCGUGAUCGAGGCUGCGUCACAGCUUUCGAGAACCAAGCGCUCGGAGAAAAAUGACUUUGCCCGCUCGACGCGCUGAACACUCGCGCGCAGUUAUUUCGUUCUCGGCGUGGGGGAGGAAACUGCAGAAGGCUGUUCCUCGUCGCUUGCCGUUCCACGGCUGCAGGUUCGCACCCGCUCCUGUGCUUCGCCGAUGUAGCGCGACCGACGCGUUUCUAACCUUUGUCGACUUGUUUCUUUGUACUCUUGUUGUAGGCGCAUCGAAACUCCCCGACCGACACGGAUAUAGACAAUGAGACACAGGCGUACGCUAACGCACUCGAGGCUGAAAUGUGUAUCAAUAAACGGCAUAUCAACGACGCGAGAAUGUAUAUAUCGAUGUCUUAUUGUGCUUUAACUCACUCUCUCUCUCUCUCUUUCUCUCUCCCUCUCUCUCUCUCUCUCUCUCUCUCUCUCUUUUCGAAGCAGAAGCAGCGCGAGAGCCAAUACGUAAAACGGAACCAAAUAAAGUUCGAUGACGAGCGGCUGUACGAAGUUCGAAUCGCUCACGAAAUAACAUUGACGUAGAAAGCAACACAAAAAAAGAAUGCAAUAAAUGCUAAGCCACGAACAAUUGUUGUAGAUAUGUAUCUUGCCUUGGAUCUCCCUUCGGAAAGCAUAACAGAUAUUUUAGCGAGCGACUUUUUUCGGUUCUCUUUUCGUCGAAAGUGAAAGCGAGCACACGCAUCCUGUACAAGAAUCCAAUCGUGGAGAAUCAAGUGUAAUUUAGAAUGUAAAUUCUUAACGCAGUUGGUGAUUGUCGAUAGAGCAUCAAUCCCAAAUAUCGCAAAUGUCGAAACGAAAAAAAAGAAAAAAAAGAAAAAAAAAAAAAAAAAUAACGACGACCAUUUUUGUACGUCGACCAUCGAAUGAUCGGGCGUUCAAAUUCCUUCGUCUUGCAUAACAAACACAAGCAAAUCCAUCCAAGCGAUAAUCUUUGAGAAAUAAAAAUCGACGAGCUAAAUCCAGUAUGGUUUGCUAGCACAUCCGUCGAGACACUAUCGAGCGCCAUACCAUUUUCCCCGGACACGCUACAUAAUUACCGACAUAUCCCCUUCGCCAUUGCUGGAAAACGAAAUGACGUGCGCGGUGUCUCGCAGGAAGGCUCGACAAAAUGUAACAAAGACAAUUCCAUCCACGCACAACCACACGAGUAUCCUAGCCGUAAUCAGUUUGACGAACUGGCUCUGUCUUUUCAUUUCCGUUCCUCUGGUUUACGUUGAAGAGCUUAAUCAGGGUUUGAAGAAAUUCGACGCUUGAAAAGAAAAAAACGUUCUCAUCAAUGAGUUAGCGACUCACUACAUGAGUGCCUCGUUGUGUCCAAAAACCGAUUGAUCAAUUGAUCGGCUGUUGAUAUAUAGUGCAAUACACCUAUUCUUUAAUUAAGUAACGAUAUAAGUGACUACCUAUAUAUAGGUAUAUGUAUAUUAUCCAAAGUUCUAAAUGCACGUGGGCUUACAUUCAUAUAUAUAAUAUAUCCUAAUUAUAUGCAUAGAUUUAUAAUUGAAAUUUCGCGAUCGCGAAUAUCUCGCGAGCUUUUCUCAAAGUGAUGUUUGAUCAUACGUAAGUGGAAGGAUUAACAGAUAGCAAGAGGAAAAGAAUAUAAAUCUGAAAUUAAAAUAACAUUCAAAACCCGUCUAACUCUCGUGCUUUAUAAAUGAAUGCACCGCGAGUACUACGACCUUUACCGAGACGUAGACGCGAAUAAACUUGAGGAUGAGACUAUAAGAGAAAAGAGAAUGGCCAAGUGUCACUGCAUUACAACCUAUCGAUAAAUACCUCAAAAAAAUAAGAAAAAAAAGUAUUUUCCCACUGACAACGAUUUCACGACAUUGCGUUUUUAGCUUAAAUAUAAUAUAUGCCACACAUUUUUCUCCGUAUGCGUGUUUGUUGAUGUUUGAUAUACACGAUUUGAAGCGCGGGUAUUGAAAGAAACCGAUUGGAGUAACACUUGCAAUGAAAAAAAAAAUAAUAACUCUCGUGUACCGUGAUAGUAAAUUAGCCUUCCUAAACUAAAUUACAUAUACAGACAACGUUUGUUUAGGACGUUUAGUUUUGACUGUAACGGCCAGAUAUUAAUAAUUGAUCGAUGUCAUAUCAUGUAUCUUUUGGAAAAUUUGAAAUAAUUUGUCCAAUCCCAAUGUCUCCGUCGAUAUUUUUCACUUUUCAUCUGACGAGUGAACAGCAACAUUCUAAAACAUUCUAAAUUUAUUAAGGUGUACGCUGUUUGAAAUGUUAUUUUUGUUUUUCUCUCUUUUUAAGUACGCAUAGUGCCUAAGACUUUGAAAAGUACAGCGAGACUGGUGUUUUACUAUCCACUCGCAACUUCAUUUUCUACGUAGAGAUCGUAGCCUGACAAUUUUUCAAAUGAUAAUGAAUCGAUGAAAAACAAAACAAAGUCUAAACAUUGUUUCAAUUAGAAUUAGAGAAAUUUUAUUGAGGAAGAAAAAAAGUAGAUGAUUAAACUUAAUAAAUGACAAAAUUUAUAACGAAAUGCUAACGAAGGGCAAAUGUAAAAUGAGAAAAAGGAAGAACUCUUCGAAAUUGAAAAUACAAUAAUUAAAUGUGUACUGAAUUGACACGUCAAUGGCUCUUAAAAUACUUUAUAUGAUAACGGAAAUAUUGCAAAAUGUGGACUUAAAAAAAUAAACAAAAGAAAAAAUCUGUGAUUGCGAAAGAUGCAUGUAAAAAUAUAAAAGCGAAUAAUUGGCUAUAAGUAUUGCGCUUCCAAUUUUUCGAAUUUUAAACGAGUGCGAAAUUUCGAUCACACAUCGAGAUUUUAAAUGAGUAAUAUUGUCACUAGAAACAAGAGAAAUGAAUUAAUAAUCAAAAUAAAGAUAAAAAAUACUGACAUUCAUUCAUUUGUACGUCUGAAUGUUGUUACUGAAAGUUGAUGUAACUAUAACAAAGUGUCGCUUAUUAAAUAUUAGUUGAUAUUGUACUAUUUCGAGUUGAAGACGUAUAAGUCGUUAGAAUGGACUGGGUACUUCAUUACAUCUGUCGAUCACUAACGACUGCAGACGGUAAUUCAUAUAUCAAUGAAUAACAGUACUUCGUUGACUUUUACUCUAUCAUUUUACACACACAAUCCAUUUUCAACACGCUACACUAUAUCCCAAAAGUAUUCAAGUUAUUCAGACUGGAACAGCCAAUGUGGAAUACAACAAUAAAAAAGAGACUUAUUAUUACCUGUCUUCGCAAGCAAUCGUGUUCUGCUUUAAGAUUAUAUAGAUAAUUAGAUGGCGAAACCACACUGGAGAGAAUUGAACAUUGAAAUAUUAAAAAAAAGGAACACUUAAAUGAUCAAUAAGCAUAUACAAAAGGACGUAAAUAGAAUGUUAAUAAACGUGAAUCGUAUGAAAGGGUAACUGAGCAAGAUGAAAGAAUAGAAUAGAUGUACGCGCACUCGAUUAAAUCACUGUUCACCAAUUAAACAGCUAUUCUUUCAAAAUCUUACUUUCAAUUAGCAGCUCGGACUCUCGCAAAAGAUUCUCCAGUCUGUUUGCACCUUUGACGCGCAAAACUAGGAAUAAUGAUUUUUGAAAAAUGUAAAAAAAAAGCUAGUUGGAAAAAGUUACGACAAUUACGGUGCUGUCCGGGGUAACGAUUUCUAAAAAAAAAAGAAAAAAAAAAACAAGAAAAAGAAUGAGCGAAUGAUGUAUCGAAUAGUUGAAAAUGAUUCUUUUUCAACCGAUAUAUUGAGCCUUACACACUUUUAUCCACAAUUAAUUAACGACUAUUUUAAUCAAAUUGAUGUAUCGCGUAUAAUGUGCACAAUCGAUUGUUAUCCGAUGACGAUCGAGGGUGUCGCUCUAAUUAUUAGGUUAUUACUGAUAUUUAUGUAAAAGGCUGGUCGAACGAGUUCCUUCGACCCUCCGAAAACAAAAAUAAAAAAUAAUAAAAAAACAACAUCAACUGUGUAGUGCCAUUGUUCGUUACAUUUAGAGGGCUAUAAUUUUAACGAUAUUUAAACGAAAAUAAUGACUUUCACGGGGGAAUGGGUAUUUCAACAUUUUUCAAAGCGAAUCAGAGAAAUGAGACAAAGAUAAAAACGUCGAUAUACAUUUAAACGCGCCGAUAUUUACGAGCUCAUUGUGAUUAAUUGACAAUUAAGCAAAAACAAAAAACAAACAAAAACAAAAAGAAAAAAAAAAGAAAAUAAUAACGUAGCGCGAUUCCCUCCUUGCAAGCGCGAAAUUGAAAGGUAGACUUGAGAGGGGAAUUCGCCAAAAGGGGAAAGUACAUAAUGUAUAUUUUCUAGACCUAGCAAACUAAAGAAUGAACAACAAAAUGUGUUAGCGGACCAGAUGGACAUGGUAGAUUCGCACAAUAAUAAGUCAAAAUAAACAAAAGAAAAUAAUAAAUAAAAUUUGGAAACAUUCGUGAGAGUUUGAAAUCUCAAUUAAAAAUAAAGUUAGGAAAAAAAAGGAAAAAUCGUGCUCGGCAAGUCGAAUGCGUUUAGCAAAAGCGCCGCGAUUGGCUUUCUUGCCCUUCAAAUGCCAUCGCGAUGGAUGGCGAAGAGGAAAAGGGUAAAAAGAAAGUGUUUGGAUAAAAAAAAAUAAAACCAAACAAAACAAAACAAAAAAAAAAAAAAGUCAGUUACAGCGAGCACACGCGUCUACACGUCGAAGCUCUCAAGUCCUCGGAAGUCAACGAAGAGUCGCUUCUCAGUCUCUGUCCUUGUCUCUUGAGCUGUAAAGUACUUUUCCAGCAAGAGAAUCUCUCUCACCUAGCCCUUUCUUUUGAAACGACCCGCAGCCGCGCAUGUUUUCCCUUGAUUCGGUACUAAAGAUUCUCGCGCACAAUCUCUCGAGGUGACGCAACUCCAAAAUCGCUAUACAAAGCCAAUGAUAGCGUGGAUUGGUUCGUAUGACGUGCGUUACGGAAUUAAAUUGUUUGUGAUGAAAGUAAAAGUGCAAUAUACGCCGCGAGAUAAUCAAACAAGUGCCACUUUCCGAGGAUUUUGGAGUUGACGCGCGCGCGCGCGUGCGUGUGUGUGCAUGCGUGCGUGUGCGUGUGUGUGUGUGUGUGUAUGCGCGCGCGCGCAACACGUGUACUGGUGUGGGAGAGAAAGUGUUGUUGAUAGGGCAAUUUUCCGUGCGUGCUUGCCUGCGUGAUGUGCAUGUAUGCGUGGGUAUGUUACGUGUGUUUUUCGAAACGGCGCAAUUUUCAGCGAGAUAAUAAAUGAGCUAACAAUUAAGGGUAUAGGUAUUACAUGAGCAUUAUGAUGCAUUGAUAUUAAAACAAAUAAUAUACAUAUAUUAACGCGGUAACUAUUAUUAUGAUUAUAAUUAUUACUAACGAUGUAUAACAAUUAUAAACAUUAUAUUGUAAUUAGAGAAUGAUUCAUUAAUAAAGGUUGUCCUAUAUGUCAA